AUGAGAACAUUGGGCUUCCUGCUGGCUGGGCUCCCACUAGUGGCAUCCUUCAACCAUCCUGGCUUGUUAGUUUCCAGCAAUGAUGUGAGCAGACUUAAGGGGAAACUUGCCGCAAAUCUAGCACCGUGGAAGACCAGCUGGGAAGUACUUACAUCUAUGGACUCUGGUAAUGUUCCUUACACCCCGCAAGCUGUUGAGGGAAACACUUCAUAUGCCGAUGCGGCGGCGGACAUUCUGACCUCUUGGGCUGAGACUCUCACUUCGUUGGGGGCAAACGAUGAUCAGUACAUCGUGGCGGGUCUACAGGGACAUGAGAUGGCGAAUGCCGGAGAACUGCUGCGAGACUAUGCUCCUUUCAGAGAGAACGGACUCGCUUCUUUCCAAACGAUGAUGCAGGAAGUUUUCUUAGAAAAGAAUAUGUAUUUCCUCAACCACCUGGAUGGAUCGGAACAUAAUGUGCUACAUUUUUUCGCCAACUGGGAGCUUGCCCAGGUCGCCUCAGUCUUGGCUAUUGGUGUCUUGACGGACAAUAAGACCACGUGGGACUUUGGUAUCAAUUACUUCAAGAAUGGAUCCGGCAAUGGCGCAAUCAAAAAUGCAAUCACAACUAUUGUCGAAGAACCCGGUACUGGUAGGCCCUUGGGUCAAGGACAGGAGGAGGGUCGUGACCAAGGUCAUUCGUCACUGGACUAUGCUCUUCUCGGUGUUAUCGCUCAACAAGCAUGGAACCAGGGCGAAGACCUAUACGCGUACAACAACAGUGCAAUUUUGCUCGGUGCUGAAUACUUCGCUCGGUACAAUCUCGGAUACGACGUUCCUUUCGUAAACUACACCAAUGGCAUUAUGGGCUGGGAGGUGCUCUACAAUCAUUAUGUUAAAAUCAAAGGGCAAGACGCUCCUUGGACCACGAAGUACUGGAACCUAGCUUUGGAGACUUGGGGUACUGAGAUUGGCUCUGGGGCCUACGGUAGUCCAGCGGUGUCUGGUUACUAUGAUACCUUGGGCUGGGGCACUAUUCUCUACCGACUGGACGACAGUGACAUGGCUGCAGCUCGUGCUGCAUCUGGAUCUUCAUUAUCAUCUUCCAUACCAUCUUUCAUACCAUCUUCUGUCCCAUAUUCAGUUGCAUCCUCGUCAAAGGCAGCAUCUUCAAGUACGUCAUCCACGACAUUUCCCUUGAGUGCACCAAUUUCGACCGCUCCAUCUUUUUCAACCAUGGUCAAAGCCUCACCAGCCUCAUCUUCAUCCCUCAACCUCUUGUGA